ACAUGCAAGCGUUCAGUUGUCUUAUCAAGAGAGAGAGUAACAUUAUUCCGUCACCGAAAAAAACACCGCUCUACCCGCAGGAUGACGACUCCGUGCUUGGACGAUAUCAUGAAUGGAUUUGAUUACGAAGGAAUCAGAAAUAGGGAAACAUUGAAAGAAGUGGUGCGAGAACUUCGAAGACAUCUAGUUAGAUAUUUUGAGACACAACUAUCACCAGAAAAACAUACAUGGGGAGCGUUCUUGAACAUCAUCAAAGCCAUGACAGCAAUCCCACUGUCUGCUUUGGAAAAGACAGAAGAUAUUGCAGACAUUAUGAAUAUAUUAAAGACCAAAACAAUUCGCAAACGCCGCUUUCAACCUUAUUCCUGUCUAAUGAAAAGUGUCAAACAGAUUGAUAGCCAGUAUGCGAAAAGUGUUGGUCCGCUUUACAAUAAAAUUGUAAUGUUGGACAAGCAGUACGUGGCAAGUGUGAAGGUUGAAAUGGCGUCCCAUAUGGACAACUAUCAAAUGACCAAGGACCCGGUCGGACGAUUGCCGAUCACAAACAGACACUCUGGGUUUUACUCGGAUGAUGACACUAGCUCAGAGGAAGACGAAAGAGGAGGGGAACGAAUUCGACGUGGGUCUUAACCAAUAAAUUCAGAGACCAUUCCAUAGCAGGAUAGAGAUGAAAAGAUGUCACACCUGCUGAAAUAAGAUCAUUGGGUGUAUAUGGCAGUAUUUGAAUCUAUGACAGGUGUAAAAUAUUUCCAACCACUGAAGAAUAUAACAAUAAUCAGCAGAUUAACUACAUAUAUGACUACUUAACAACAUUGAUCAUUCUAGAGAGCAACUGACCUAUUCUUUAUCGCCUUUAGUUCAUAGUUGACCGUCGUGCGUCAACCAUCAGUAAACAAUUUACCUUUUUGACUUCUCAGAAACCCCUGAACCAAUUUCAUUGCCAAAGGUCAAUCAAAACUAUGAAAAAUAUAUGCUCCCCCACCCCAGGGACCUGAGGGCGGGAAAAAGGGGGUCAAAUUGACGGUACUUUGAAAGAAUUUCUCAAGACUCAUAUAAGAUAGAAUCCAAUACUCUUCAUAAAUGAAAGGCUCUUAACAUGCUUUACCAAAAUUGUAAAUUUGAUGACCAUCGGGGCUCACGUACCCCCUAGGCAGAUAUAUAUAAAGAUGUAAGAUUAAGAAGAACUUAGCAAUAGUUUAUAUAGGGAAAAUACAAUUAUCGAAAUAAUACAAACUUAGCUAGAAUUAUCAGUAUGACAUGACAUAAUUUGUUUAACUACCAUAGGAAUCAUAACAAUCUUAGAAUUAUUAAUAUUGGUAAGAUGGCACUGAUUCACCCCAGGGCUGAUGGGCGGAGCUAAAAAGGGACAAAAUAAUUAAAAAUAUUUCACAAAUCAGGUUUCCGUUACGACCCAUGGGCCUCCUGUUAAUACAUUUGUAUAUAUAUAUCUGUGACAAACGUAAUUGUUAUUUUAGUUUGUGUUAGGAGAACCCCGUCAUUUACACAGUGCUUUAAAAAUCACUGACAUAGAUGAGGUAUAUCGUAUCAAAGGAUUUUAGAUAACGUUUAUCUCACCCCGGCUUGAUAGACAAAGAAAUAUCUGUCCCAAAAAUAAGAUUUUAGCACGAGGCUUUGUUGAGUAAUAAACUUCAAAAAUCUGAUACCGAGACUGCGAUAUUUCUAUAUCUAUCUUUUACAAGAGGUUAGCCCUAAGCAUUAUAUCAAUAUAAAACACAUAAAAUUAAGAUAUGACUUUAGUGUCCUAAACUAUGCAUAAUUUAGAGUAAAUUAUGGGGAAGAAAGCUGGCCUGCUUUUUUCAUUCUCAUUUUUAGAAUUCUAUUAUGUUCUUUGUAUUGAUAUUGUACUAUAUUUAACAUAUACAUUGUAGUUGUGUUUUCCUGAGAGGCAUCUUAAUUUGAAUCUUGGCCAGAGAUUGUCCUUCCUUAGUUUAUUUAAAAGAUCCAAUGCAACUAACCAUGAUACAAAUUAUGUUUUAUAUAUAUAUAUUUUUUUUUUCUGAGAGUCGUUUAGGUUCAACUAUUUUUGUAAAAGUGAUUGCCCUUAUAUGUUUAUCUCCGUAGAUUCUCACCCUCAGAUUUCAACCAAUUUCUUUCAAUUUUGUUGACAUUGUGUUGACAUGAAAUUGUACUUUCCAAUAAUUAAUUAUGCAUUGUUUUCACUAGAUAUAGUCAUGCAUUUCGUUUUAGCAUGGGUAGGGUGUAUAUUGUCCAAUAUUCAAAUUGAUUUAUGUAUUGGAGGAUGUUCUAAAUACAUUGUGUACGGUCGCAUUGAUUCUUUAUAAGUCACUGUCAUCUUACAUCGUCCGUAUACGUUUCCUUUCAUAACGUUACUUCUAUAUUCCAAAUCGGGUUUUAACCGAGUUUGGUCUGAAGCAUAUUUAUUAACAUAAAUAAGGCUGAUUAGACUCAUGGAGACUGAGUGGUGGGACCUCAAAGGGGGAACUUAUCUGAAAUGUUGCUAUCUUCUGAAACAUCAAAUGGUUACACUACAUACAACAUACUGUAUAAGUUUGGAUACUUUGAAAAGAAAUAUCAUAUAGAUUCUUAUCAAACGACUCAAAAUUGAUUAACCUGUUCAGAGUGUUGUUAUUUAUGUAUAGGGUGUAUAUACAUGUAUAUUUGUUUUUUGUGCGUGUGUGUCUUUAUUUUGAAGAGCAAAGCUAUCGGACACUUACUUAUUUCGAACAAAACAUUUGACAUUAAUAUUAUACACGUUCUCGUAUUAAAUUGACAACCACUUCCCGAUGUUACACUCGGUAAGGACGAGGUGUCAAACGGUUGUAACCAGAAGUAAAUGCCUGUGUUUAUCUGGUAUUAUCAAAAAAAAAUGGAGAAUAUUAUAAUAUAUAAUGUUUUGUUCUAAAUGAAAAUCCACUGUUCAAGCAAUUACAAAGACACGGAACAGAGCAUGCUGUUGUUCAAGAUCUAUGACGAUACCAUGUUGUGCCUUGAAUGGAUGCACAGUUCGCAUUAUUAAGAAUGUUUUAUUUUUGUAAAUAUUGUGGAGAAUAACUGUGUUAUCGAAUGACGGAAAUAUUUUCGACUUCGUCAAGUUAAUGAUACCAUACAAUUUAUGCAAUGUUGAGUCUUUAGAAGGUUUGUACGUUGGAAGUCAAUAUUAUGUGAUACUCUCUGAAAAUCCCAUAUUCAGACUCAUGUGAAUUUUCUCUAAUAAAUAUUUUAACACGGAUAA